AUGGGAAAACACAAUCUCACCAUGACGAAUGACUUCAUCCUGCUGGGCAUCACAGCUCGCCCUGAGCUGCAGGCUCCACUGUUCUUCCUGUUCCUCACCAUCUACCUGAGCUCACUGCUGGGCAACCUGGGCAUGAUCAUCCUCACCCAGGUGGACCCCAGGCUCCAAACGCCCAUGUACUUUUUCCUCAGACACCUGGCUCUCACUGAUCUUGGCUAUUCCACAGCCGUGGGGCCCAAAAUGCUGGUGAAUUUUGUGGUGGAUGAAAAUACAAUCUCGUACUAUUGCUGUGCCACACAACUCGCUUUCUUUCUUGUGUUCAUCAUUUGUGAACUUUUUGUUCUGUCUGCUAUGUCCUAUGACCGCUAUGUGGCCAUCUGUAGGCCUCUGCUCUACACUGUCGUCAUGUCCCAAAAAGUGUGCCAGAUGCUGGUGGCAAUUCCUUACCUUUACAGUAUACUUGUUUCUCUUCUAAUCACCAUAAAAAUUUUCACUUUAUCAUUUUGCAGUCGCAAGAUCAUCAGUCACUUCUGUGACAGUCUCCCCUUGUUAUCUUUGCUGUGCUCAAGUACAUAUGAAAUUGAGAUGAUCAUUUUGAUCUCAGCAGGUUUUAAUUUGGUUUCCUCUCUCGCCAUACUCCUUUUUUCUUACCUGCUCAUCCUCAUAGCCAUUUUCAGGAUGAAGUCUGCAGAGGGCAGGCACAGAGCGUUGUCCACCUGCGGGUCCCACCUGACCGUGGUCACUGUGUUCUACGGGACGCUGAUAUUUAUGUACGUGCAGCCCAAGUCCAGUCAUUCCUUUGACUCUGACAAAGUGGCUUCCAUAUUUUACACCCUGGUCAUCCCCAUGUUGAAUCCCUUGAUCUACAGCUUGAGGAACGAAGAUGUGAAAUGUGCCCUAGAAAGGACAUGGAAGAAUGUAUGCAAUCUCUUUUCUCAGUGCUUACACACAAUGUAA